UAAACUCCGUCCUACCCGCGGGUUGAGCUCGGCGAACGCUGCAGCGAGGGGAGGGCGGGAGGAGGGAAAGCGGACGCAGGGGGCGGGGAGGGGCGCGGGGCUGCGCGCUCGCCGGCGCUCUCUUUCGUUUUGGUCCGCCGCUGGAGGAGCGUGGACCCCCGCCCCCCGCCCCCGGCUUUGAGGCUUUUUCCCCGGCGUCUCCCCGCCGCCCCCCGGUCCCGGCGCGGGGCUCGGGGAUGCCCGCCAGCAUGUUCAGCAUCGACAACAUCCUGGCCGCCCGGCCGCGCUGCAAGGACUCGGUGCUGCCCGUGGCGCCCAGCGCCGCGGCUCCCGUCGUCUUCCCGGCCCUGCACGGGGACUCGCUCUACGGCGCCGGCGGCGGCGCCUCCUCGGACUAUGGCGCCUUCUAUCCGCGCCCCGUGGCCCCCGGCGGCGCAGGCCUCCCGGCCGCGGUCGGCGGCUCCCGCCUCGGGUAUAACAACUACUUCUACGGGCAGCUGCACGUGCAGGCGGCGCCCGUGGGCCCGGCCUGCUGCGGGGCCGUGCCGCCGCUGGGUGCCCAGCAGUGCUCCUGCGUUCCGACGCCCCCAGGCUACGAGGGCCCCGGCUCGGUGCUGGUGUCCCCGGUGCCGCACCAGAUGCUGCCCUACAUGAACGUGGGCACGCUGUCGCGCACCGAGCUGCAACUUCUCAACCAGUUGCACUGUCGGCGGAAGCGGCGCCACCGCACCAUCUUCACCGACGAGCAGUUGGAAGCGCUGGAGAACCUCUUCCAGGAGACCAAGUACCCAGACGUGGGCACCCGCGAGCAGCUGGCCCGGAAGGUGCACCUCCGCGAGGAGAAAGUGGAGGUCUGGUUUAAAAACCGCCGUGCCAAAUGGAGGCGGCAGAAGCGGUCCUCGUCGGAGGAGUCGGAAAACGCCGAGAAGUGGAACAAGACGUCGUCUAAGGCGUCGCCGGAGAAGAGGGAAGAGGAAGGUAAAAGCGAUUUGGACUCGGACAGCUGACGGCUGCGGGCCGGCUGUGGCGUUUGCCUAACUCGAAGGACUUGCACAGACAGACGAUGCUACUUUCUUGCACACGCGCUGCCUUGCGGGAGGGGGUCGAGAAAGAGGAAUGAGAAGCUGUAAAUAGUGUACAGAACUGGGAGGGCCGGCGCCUGGGGUCGGGGGUCGCGCCGGGGCUCGCCCCGAAGUCCUAGACCGCUGGCGCCUCACUCCCCACCGUAGUAUUUAUAGUUAACUUAACGGUGACAAUACAAUAAAGUGAUGGCGAUGUA